UAGGAGGCAGUGAGUGGAUCCCUGCUAAAUGUAGGGAGCGAACACUAGGCCGAGGCUGGUCGGGGGGCUCUUGCCUCUCCUCUUCAGCCUCCGUGGGGCCUAAAAGCCAGCACCCCUCUGGGAAGGGGUCCCCUAGCUUGUCCGGUACCUUUUUUUCCUGAGCAGGCCGCAGGUACCUGGACGCUGAGCGGCUUCUCCGACGGAGCUCUGCGCUCAGCAGCGGCUCCGCCCUCCUCUAUGACGCGAUCGGCGUCACUUCCUGUGCGACCCGGAAGUGACGCGUCCAAGAUGGCGGCGCGCAUACAUGCUGGAGGCCUCGAUUUGGGGCCUCGCAUGUGGGGUUGAUUUUUCUAUGGAAGAGUCCCCCAGAAGAGGAGGCGGUCCCGGCGGCGAUGAGGGGAGGGCCUGUAAGGUAGGAACCUUAUUUAAAUGCUAUGAUGUGUGCUUAUGUGGCGGUUGCAUCAUGGAGGCCCAAGGUGUGAGCAAGCUAGAUGCGGUUGCUGACCCCCUCGUCCAGGGUAAUGUAAGUAGUAUCCGGCUGGCAGGUGUAUAGUUCCCCCUAGGCUGGUUCUUAUAUCUCCUUCUCCCCCUAUUAAGGUGGAAAAGGAGGCGGGACAUAGACCGCAUGGAGACACUAAGAAAAAAGCUAAGAAGUGUGCGACAUGCACAAAAAAGCUGUCUGAAUCGUAUAGAAAGGCCCUCUGCAUGGAUUGCUUAGCAAGAAUCCUGAAGGAAGAACAACCAUCCUUUCUGGAAGAGCUGAGAACCAUCGUCAGGGAGGAAGUACAGGCGGCCGGAAUGAAUCAGCCCCCUUCUCUUCCAGUUCCCGCUUCCCCUCCGUCCAAGCGUACCAGGGUACACUUAGUAUCGGAUUCAGAGGAAGAAACCGGGUACCCUUCAGACGAUCUGGAGGAUCAGAUCCCCCCGUCGGUGUCAGAGGAGCCUAGGAAAUACCUGUUUUCCUCGGAUCAGCUGGACUCGCUCCUUACUGCAGUAAGGCAGACCAUGGCAGUGGAGGAGGAGGAGCCGAAACGUUCUAUACAGGACGAGAUGUUCGGCGGAUUAAGGGCCAGGAAAAGAAAGAUUUUCCCGGUGAAUUCUUACCUUCAAGAUCUGAUCAAAGAGGAAUGGGAAGAAGGUGACAAAAAACUCUAUAUUCCCAGAGAAUUCAAGAGCAGACUGGCCUUCAAUCCAGAGGAGACUAAACUUUGGGAUGAAAUUCCAAAAGUCGACAUCCAGGUGGCCAAGGUGGUGAAGAAGACAUCUAUUCCAUUCGAGGAUUCUUCACAAUUAAAAGAUCCCAUGGACCGGAAAAUGGAUGGACUCCUGAAGAAGGCCUGGGAAUCCUCAGCGGCCACUAUUAAUGCUAACAUUUCAGCAACCUCAGUGGCUCGAGCAAUGUGCUUAUGGCUGGAGCAACUGGAGGAGCAUCUCAAGAUAAAGACCUCCAGGGAGGAAAUUCUUGAGUCCUUACCCUUAUUAAAAUUUGCUGCAUCCUUCAUGGCGGACGCCUCAGAGCUCAGGCCCAAAUAAGCAAUGACAUCAGGCCAGUAGGGGGCAGGCUCCGCUUAUUUUGGGAAUCCUGGACUCGGAUUACCCAAAACCAGUGGAUCCUAAAGACCAUCCGAG